UCGUACCAGAGAUGUGUGACGAACCCGCCGCCGUUGCAAGCGCUGGACGAACAUCUCCCUUUUCGGACCAUGAGGCCUCCGCUGAAGUUCCAUGGCAGUCCAGCUCAGAUGACUGCGGCCGCUUUGCCCAUGCUGGGCUUCUGUAUCAACCGCAUGUCCAUGAACGAGCACCUGGGAUUUUUCUCCUUCUUCAUUGCCAUAGGCUUAGUGAUGCUUGGGCUUUGUUGGGGCCUCGGUCCUGCCUUCUUCCCACGAGUAGACCAUCCAUUGCACAAGCUGGAUCGAAUACGCUGGAUUUGUGGAUGCAUUUGCUUCCUUGUCCUGGUUGUAUCUUCCAUGGUCUCCGAUGGUGCGGUCCAUGUCUUCCUACGGCUACGUCCUCACAUGCAGCUGAGUCUGGAGGACUUUGCGGAGGGAAAAGCGGAUGGUGCCGGUCUGGUGACCCUGGAGGCUCAUUUGGAUCUCAGCCGCAUAGGUGCUGCAGCCCAUUGCUCAGAUUGCACUGCUAGUGAAUGCGCAAAGAAGGACUGUCGAGCAGAGGCCGGUUUAAGCCCUUUAUCCUCGGAGAUUCCCCUACUGCGCAUCGAUGACCUGGACGCUUACAGCGACAGCUCCGAGCUGUUUGGGCGUCGGCUCUCCGGCGCGGGCGCAGGAGGAGGCGGAGGUGGAGGCGGAAGCUCUUCUGGAAAAAAGCAAUGCUCCAUUACUUGCGUGUAUGCAGCGCCCUUGAGCCUGACUUCUGAUGCCGAUUUCCCGAUGGCCUGGGCCGUGGGGAGCUCAUGGCUUCCACGGCACCCCUCCGGCACCACGAAAUUCACCUGGUGGACCGGGGAGCGCCAAGACUAUGCGCGAGCCAUGGAUGAAGCUGUAGCACAACAGCUGCCAGAGAGGCUGAAGGCAUGUGAUGGGCAACGAGCUGUUCCAAACUCUGAGAAUUGGUGGAGUAAAUGCCGCAGCUCGGGCUUCAUCAAUUGCCGCGCGAGAAGCCUUGCGGGAAAGUGUUGCUGUCACGUGGGUGAACGAUUGGGAGACAAUGGUUGUGAGAGCUGUGGAGCUCUCCAGGAGAGGCUGUCAGCCUUACAUCAGCUGCCCCUUUUGUACUCUCUAGCUCCAGAUGCUGGGCUACGAAGUUUCUACCUGAUGCUGAUUUGUUCCUUUGUACUGCUACCGCUCCCCUGGGCGGUCCUAGCACGUGUGCUUUGGCAAUUGGCCGAGCCCACCGAGAGCUUUCUGCAGCAUGAGGCACGGCAUCAGCGGAAGCACAUCGCGGAGACCUGGACGGGCACUGCAAACCUCCAUGGUCCUUUGUCUAUCCAAGUGGUGAACAUGGCUGGACAGUGCCGAACCGUCUCGGGGUUCAGAGAAAGCUCACUGUUGGUCCAUUUGCGCAGAUCAGUUGCAGAGGUGUUCAGUGUGGAUUUUCAGCAGAUUGGCUUGGUGUUUGGCGGUGAGCUUCUUUCACCUGACUUGGAUUUUAAGACUCUGGGCGAUUUGGGUAUCCACGAUGAAUGCACAGUGUCCUUUGUCCUCUCACAGGUAGAGUCCACUCCGCGAAAGGAGAGGCUGGCGGGCCACUCUGAAGGCAACGCCCUCGCUUUCUUUCGGCGCAACCGCAACGUGUACAAAGCGCUUGAUUGCCCUCACCUGGGACAGUUGCGCCUGGCGCGGGGCACGGUGGCCAACUUCGGCCGCGAAUACGCCAAGGGAUGGAACUGCGACGGCUGUGAGCGCCAUUUCGCUUCAGGUACACAGCUCUACCGCUGCGACUUUUGUCAGAUCGACUUCUGUCAAGAAUGCGCCGCGGAGUAGGACUGGAGUUUGGUGUUGCCGAUUUCACAACCCCAGUCUUGCAGGAGGGGCGGCGUGCCUUACAAGCAUGCAGGAGCUUAGUGAGAACUGCUCCUAGAGCCGUGCUAUGCCGUGCUAUGUGUUUGCCCGGAAUCACCCUACUUCCAUUGAGCAGUAUCGAUGCAAUUCAGUGUUUGUUAGUCCUCAUGUCGAGCUGUUCGACGCUGUUCAUCUCAAGAUUUCAGUAAGUUCGGAUGCUUUGGCAUUUGAGAUUUCCAAGUGCCGUUACUUCAUGUACAGGGAAGCGGCGCUCAGGGGAAAA